AUGUCUGCAAAAGAGUUUUAUCAUAAACUCAUUCCGCCAAAUCUCCCGUAUCUCCCUCCGGAAUUGUGGCAAACGAUUCUUCGAGAAGCUACGUUUGUGCUGUCCAUUUUCGACCCAGAGUUGAUGCAGUCUUCGGAGUUGUCGACGAACAGUAGAGACUGCUUCAAGGCGUACAAGCACUCCCUGAAAACUCGAAACAAUCUCGUACGAGUAUGCAAAGCAUGGUAUACCCUUGGAUUACCAUACCUUUAUGAAUACGUCCUGCUGGGAAGGGCACGCUGCCUUAUUCCUCUACUUUGCGCCUUGCGACAAUCCGAUUCGAGUGGAGAAAUCCGUGCUGCUGGAUGGUGGGUCCGCCGGCUCGACGUAAAUCUCAGAGAUGAGAGCGGCGAAUCCCUGGACGCCUUCGACACUGUGGCCGACAUCCUUCUAUUCCUCCCCAAUCUCGAGAUUCUUACCUUCUACAUCACCGGACACGCAUUCGAAUCCUUGAGAGACAAGCACUGGGGCGGUGUUCUCGACGCUUCUCGUACAUGCGCAAAAUCUCUCAAAUUCCUCCACUGGUACAACCACAAUCAAUGCCUGCCAAGGGAGGCAGAAUUGACACGCUUUAUCCAAGCGCAUCCGGCACUAGAGUCCCUCAGUGCGCCAGUCUACACGAAACGUGACGCCAACAUGUCGCUCAACGCUGUGAAGAAUCUGUAUGUCUAUCCCUACGAGCCGCACAGCAGCGCAAGCCUGGGGUUAUGCGAGCUCGAUCUUCAAUCUGUUCGGCAUGCGACUUACAGAUGCUUUGACCGCGACCCGCAGCCAUUUCGCCGUGUUAACAAGCUCUUCUUCCAGAAAAUAGGCCCACAACUGACGAGUUUGCGGCUGAUUUGGAGUGCAGACUACAAUUUUGCUACUCAAGGCACAACUCUCGCUCAGUGUCUCCGCGACACCCGCGACGAGAUCCUUCACCAUUGCAAUUCCUUGGAGCGUUUCGACUUACACACUCACCAAUAUCAUAUUAAGCAACUCCAUUUCCUUGCAUUCCCGUCCACAGUCAAAGUAUUUGGUAUUCGCCUCGACCCCGUCCAGACAUCGAAACAAAAGUUUCACUUACUUGUCGACAAAAUUCGAGCCCUUCUCGAAGAAUAUCGCCACGUCAAAGUCCUCCAGUUUCUUGACAGAGGGAAUGUACGAUGCCUACGACAGAAUCCAACAGUGUUGGCUGAUUGUGUACGAGCAAUGAAGGACCUGGGAGUGCAGGUUCAGGAUGAUGAAGGCCAGUCCCUUCAGUAA